AGACGAUACGAGCCAAGUGACGGAGGGUGCAGUUUGGGGUGGUCCCCUUAGGGGAAGCUCUCGAAAUUGCUUUCGUCUCCCUUUCUUUCUUUCUUUGGAUCGAGAACGAAAGAAACCUUUGUGGUUGAUGAUGAUCGCCGCAGAGAAGGAAGGAAUCGCCGAAGACGCCGGAGACCCGGCGGCGGCAGAUCCCCCGGCCGCCUCGCCUUCUCCUCCGCUGCUCUCCCAAAGCCGACGUCUCCAUAAUUUCUCGUUCCCGACUCUCAGCUGGCGUGGCCAGCGCUUCCUCCGCUGCUCCAAAGUUUCCGACGUCGCCACAACCGAGCCCGCUAGAUCGGCCGAUCAGGACCACCGGACCUCCCAGAUGAAAUCUUCCCCGCAGAGGCCGUUGCCGGUCGCCCGGGAUCCGAAGGAGGAGGCGAGAAGAGGGAGGGAAGGAAAGGAGGCGGACAAGGCAUCCUCUUGUGCGGCUACUGUGGCAGAGGCCACAAGACCCUGGAACUUGAGGACGAGAAGGGCCGCUUGUAAUUUCCCAGCUGACCGGUACGGUAAUCAUGGUUCUAUUUAUGGGGCUACGGCGAUGGAGACGAUUGAUCCUCCGAUGAAGACGGUGAGGCUGCAAUCGGAUGAGUCGAAGAAGGGUGGGAUGGAGAAGUUCUCGAUCUCUCUGUCUCGUUCGGAGAUUGAGGAGGACUUUUUCGCUAUCAAAGGGACGAAGCCCUCUCGGCGACCAAAGAAAAGGGCUAAGAUUGUUCAGCGAGAACUAGACUCACUUUUCCCUGGUUUGUCGUUGUCAGAAAUAACCCCCGACUCGUACGAAGUUGUUGAAUAAGGUCGUGCAAAAUCCUUUCUGAGCUUGAAGAACCUGAUGAAGAGAGGCGCCUUUCCGGGAAAACCCUUAAGGUUUUCAAUUGCUGCCUAAUCCUGUACGCUUGUAAUCAUGGCAAUUUGGUUAUGUAGCACACCUUGUUACUCUGUAAAUUAUACGGUUAGAUUAAAUGAUGAUGAUGAUUAUUAUUA